GGCGGCCACGCGCCACAUCCGAUGGACCAGCCACCCCCCUCGACUCACUUGGGAAACCCGCACUAGCUAUAAGCUCGGCCCGCCGCUCUCGAUGUAGAACGUCAUGGCAAUCAACAUAAAAUUUACAAAAUUUGACAACACACCAUGGGGCUUUCGACUAGCUGGUGGCAGCGAUUUUCCGCAGCCGCUUACUGUUAUCAGAGUCACGGAAGAAAGCCUGGCCGAAUGUAUGGGUUUAAAGGUCGGCGAUGUCGUAGUAAGACUGAACGAUCAACCGAUUGGUGGCUUGACUCACGGACAAGCGCAUGAAGCACUAGUGCACGCUGGCAACAACUUUGUUUUAGGUGUGCAGAGAGAGGAGGAGGCACGAAAGGCCGUCGAGGCGAUAUCGGAAGAGAACAUCGUCCCAUAUAAGAUCGCCCUUGCAGACUUACCGCCGGUCUUCCCAGAACAGAUCUUAAAGGAGGAGACAGUGAUCGAGCGGUACGAAGAAGAGAAUACCGUCGUCGAGCCGUUGUCCGCCGAGGACGAGAUCAGACAAGAGGAGGAGAAGCUAGCGGAGGAGAAACCGGUGGACGCCAACAGCGAGAUCGUGUCCAACAAAAAUCUCACGGAUGACGAGAUCGCUCAGCUGAUCCUCGAGGAGGAGGAGCUCUUGUCCGAUAAAGGAUUACUGGGAGUGAACUUCAAGAAAUUAAGACCGCGCGCCUCGAUCCUGAAAGAUUCGAAGGUUCUGGAGGAGCUGCAGCAUAUCGCGGUAGCCGAGCCCGAGCGGGUGCAAGAAUUGAAGCGCGCUUCCACCUUCCUGCAAAAGCCGCAGCGACCGGUGCCGAAGUUGAAGAGCCAGUCGAAGGUGGAAGAGGACGAGGGAGAAACUUACAAGGUCGUAAUCAAGAAACAGGACAAGAAGACAGUGAUCGCGCGUCUGGUGGAGAAGGGUUUACUGCCGCCAGGAUCGGAGGCAGCCAUCGCCAGGACACCGGAGCCGCCCGAGGUAAAGAUGCAUGAAACGGAAAAUAAACUCGAAGAAAAUCGUCCCCUUACCGUGCCCGAUUCAAAUUCCUCGUGUUCAACCUGCUCUUUCGAUAACACCGACAACUCACUGUCGUCCCCGUGCCCUCCGGAAUCCGACUCGAACGAAUUUCUCACCUCUGAGAAUCAACCGGCGCGUCACGCGACAUAUGAAUGCAAAUCGACGCUCUUUCACGUCGAGCCGAGUCAACCUCGAAGAUACAGCACCGCCAGAUACGACGAGGUCGGAGCGAGAUCGCUCUUCAAGGGUCGCUACUUGGAGAACGUCCUCCGCGGUUACACUCGUUCCUGCGUUCUUCGCGAUCGGCAAGUCGACGAGUUCGCGAAGACCAAAUUGGGAAGCGUGUACCUGAGGAACGAUUGGCUAAAAAAUAUUGGCCUCGGCAGCUUUUCGUCGAGCGAGAUCAGAAGGAGGACGAGCAGAUGCGCACGAGCGCACUACGCGGAGAGGAUUUUGCUACGAAACGUCAACGCUGUCGCUAGACACUUUCGUCCAAAGCCGAAGGCGACUCGCGUCUUCGCCUCCAGAAUGAAGGGAAGAUACCUGACGACAUAUCUGAGACGCGAGAGCGUUCGGCUGAUGUCCUUAAUUGCCACGUUGUUCCAGUUUUUGUUGCAAAGACCAGGCGUCUCCGAGUCAUCGAACCUGAGGAUUCGCGAGCGACGUUUGAGUUUCAAGGGUCGCUACCUCGAACAUGUUCUUCAGAAGAAUGUCGCUCCUGUCCUCGAAUGUGUCAAGGAGACGUGCUUCAUCGAUGACCUACCAAAGUUGAUUGAGAAGAAAAAAGACGGGCCGAAAUCUACGAGGACGAAAGGACGUUACAUGGAGAAGUGUCUCCAUCGGCAGAAUUUGCGUCUGAGAUCCGCAUUAACGAACCUACUUGAUUACGCGAGGAACAGCCUCGAUAAUCUCUUUGCCGUCAUCACGUCAUCGAGAGUGAAACGCACAAUGAGAGGUCGAUACUUCGAGCGGCUGGUUCGCAGAAAUCUCAAGAUCCUUGAACUGUUCGUGGAAUGCGUUCGUUCCAGAAUCUCCGAAUGGCUCGAGGAUAAUUUAUCGUGCACAUCGCGAAAUGAAUUUCCUGUUGUCACUGUCAGUAUCACUUCGAAUCACAUUGUCGAUGAUUUAAUUUCGAAUGAACAGCAAACUGAUAGAGACGCCUUCGACUUAAAGAUCUCCGAGUGGCACGAGGACGGUCCAUCUUGCCCAGUGCAAAAAGAAUCGCCCCUCAUCAUUAACACUUCCGACAAUCCAGACCCGAACGAAGAAGAAACUGCUGAAAGUGGUCGCCAAGUACUCGAAUGGAAUAGCAAUCCAAUUUUCGAAGAAGCCGAAGAGUGUCCCGAUCAAUCUCGGUUAUCGGCCAAUCCUACAGACAUGGUUCCAGAAGACACAAUUUCGAAGUUCUUGCAGUCGGCCGAGGAUUACGUUUCCACCGAGGUCUUCCAUCGUGGCAGCAGACGACUCUCAAAACCGCGUAAAUCUAUCGAUAUCAUCUCCAAGGAGGAUGAUAAGGCGUUGUCGAAAUUCUUACAGUCGGCCGAGGAUUACGUUUCCACCGAGGUUUUCCAUCGUGGCAGCAGACGACUCUCAAAACCGCGUAAAUCUAUUGAUGUCACCUCCAAGGAGGACGAUAAAGCGUUGUCGAAAUUCUUACAGUCGGCCGAGGAUUACGUUUCCACCGAGGUCUUCCAUCGUGGCAGUAGACGACUCUCAAAACCGCGUAAAUCUAUUGAUGUCACCGCCAAGGAGGACGAUAAGGCGUUGUCGAAAUUCUUACAGUCGGCCGAGGAUUACGUUUCCACCGAGGUCUUCCAUCGUGGCAGCAGACGACUCUCAAAACCGCGUAAAUCUAUCGAUAUCACAUCCAAGGAGGAUGAUAAGGCGUUGUCGAAAUUCUUACAGUCGGCCGAGGAUUACGUUUCCGCUGAGGUUUUCCAUCGUGGCAGCAGACGACUCUCAAAACCGCGUAAAUCUAUCGAUAUCACAUCCAAGGAGGAUGAUAAGGCGUUGUCGAAAUUCCUACAGUCGGCCGAGGAUUACGUUUCCGCCGAGGUCUUCCACCGUGGUAGCAGACGACUUUCGAAAUCGUACAAGCGGGAAGACCAAGGAGAAGAGGAUGUUCUGUCAAGUGUCCUCCGUUCGACCGGCAAUUACGUCUCCAGCGAGGUGUUUCAUCGCGGAAGCAGAAGAUUGUCAAGAUCAUCCAGAAGGGAAUCUGUUUCCCUCGUGGCUCCCACUCUGUGGGGCGGUUUGAAGGGCAUACACUUCAAUUUGCCUUGGUUCUCGUUCAGGGUCACCGAGAAGAGCGCAGAACGCAGCGGAGAUUGCGAAGAGAAGAUCAAUCCCGAAAUCGAGCGCGACAAUCGAAGAUUAUCGUUCGUGCCGACGAUUCUCUAUCAGGGUAUUACGAGUCAUAUCGGUAUCGAUUUCACAAAACUGGUGGUUUAUGCGUUCGUACCUUGCACUUCAAUUAUCCUUCUGUACAUGUAUAAGUAAUCAACUAAUAACCAUCUGAUGAUGUUUGUACCAUUUGUUUUGAUGCAGCUGAUAUAAUUAAACUGUAAACGUAAUUAUAAUCGAUUCAAAACUCAAAUCUGAUUCUCAAUUUACUGAAGAACGCAAUAUCGCAUCAGUUUGUUAAUUUAGAUUAAUGUACAACGUCUAAAUCCCAUGAUUGUUAUUUAUCCUAAAAUGAUUCUAACUGACCUCAAAUUAUUAUAUACCUCUUUCUGUACUUGUUUAAAAAAUUCUCAUAAAUAUAUAAUCAAUUUGGAACAUUCAUUGACACCUAUAUAAAAAUGUUUCCCCGUGUAAAUAAUGUGUCCCCAAAUUUCAGUGUAAUCAUAUAUUCGUUUUGUGUUCUUUGUCUUAUUGCUAGAAUAAGUAUUACCAGAGUGAAUCUACAUCGUAGAAUAAUGUGAAUGCAAAGAUAGCUAAUGUGAUCGAUUCAAUACGCAAGCGAAAAUGUAAUUAAUUUUUUCCUUAAGAGAUUUCUCAAUUGUGUGAAAUAUCCUAAUUAAGUGAUUAAAUUGUUAAAACUGGUUA